ACACAGGCAGCCGCAACGUCCCCGUGUUUGUCUGUCAAGCAUGCUAACGUAGCACAGGCUCGGCCACCGUAGUUAUGAACCUGGAACUACGACACGCAUGCAAGCGCAAGCUCACUGACACAAUUGCGCGCAUGUUAUUAACGUCAACAACAGACCGAAGCUAAAUAAUUGGCGUGGAGCCAGUAGCUCGGCCAUGCUAACCCAGCGAUUCCCAUUCCCACCACCGCUAUUCUUUUGCCUUUGUUAUCCCCCGUAUACAGAGCUCGCCAUAACGUAAUAAUGCUUAUGACGGUCCAUUGUCACUUUACCCAAAACAUGAUGAGCGGCCUGUUAUAAGCGUAUAAUAGAGGUGGACAACCUGCGGGUCGUGGGCCUCAGAGCUAAAAACAAAUACCACUUCUUGGGAGCUGUUAUUAAAACCUCUACAAAUAGUCAACAGUAGCUCCUAUUACAUCAGUCAUGUGAGGGCCUGCACUUGGGAUCAUCCUAAAUGUUGCAGAGAACUAGGUCUCACUCACCCCAUGUGCCCUGAAUGCCUGUGGACGCCGUCCUGUGCGCGCUCGUGUGUCUAUGCGCGCUGCUCUGUCUUUACCUGGUGUGGGCGCUGUGGGGCCUGCUCGCCACUGACCGCCCGUUUGCCCUGUUGCCCACGCAGCACAAGCUGAAGUCGUCGCAGAGGGACAAGGUGCGGCAAUUUAUGUCCUUCACGCAGGCGGGCGAGAAGACGGCCGUUUACUGUCUCACACAGAAUGACUGGAAGCUGGAGGUGGCCACCGACAACUACUUCCAGAAUCCGGACCUCUACUGCAAGGAGUCCAUGAAGACGUCCGUUGACCGCAAGAAGCUGGAGCAACUUUUCAACCGGUACAAAGAUCCCCAGGAUGAGAACAAGAUUGGCAUCGAGGGCAUUCAGCAAUUUUGCGACGACUUGAUGCUGGAUCCGGCCAGCAUCAGCGUUCUGGUGGUGGCGUGGAAAUUUCGCGCCGCCACCCAGUGUGAGUUCUCCAAGAAGGAGUUCCUGGACGGCAUGACGGAGCUGGGGUGCGACAGCCCCGACAAGCUCAAAGCCCUUUUGCCAAGACUGGAGCAGGAGCUGAAAGACGGCAGCAAGUUCAAGGACUUCUACCAGUUCACCUUUAACUUUGCCAAAAAUCCCGGCCAGAAGGGUUUAGACUUGGAGAUGGCUGUAGCUUACUGGAAUCUGGUUCUUUUAGGAAGAUUUAAGUUCCUCGACCUUUGGAAUAGAUUUCUUUUGGAGCACCAUAAACGCUCCAUCCCAAAAGACACUUGGAACCUACUGUUAGACUUUGGAAACAUGAUCGCGGAUGACUUGUCCAACUACGACGAGGAGGGGGCGUGGCCAGUGCUUAUAGACGACUUUGUGGAAUUCGCUCGACCGAUCAUAACUGGAACAAAACGUAAAACUCUCUAAAAAAAAAAAAAACAAAACCCCAAAGAACUGGGAAGGAGAGUAUUUCUUUUACAGAGACUUCAUCGGGAUUUUUUUGAAGGUGGAUUAUUGUUAUUUUUUAUUUAAACAAUGGUGGCCAACAGCAGCACUUAGAGGAGAGUGCAGAGGAGGGACAUUUCCGGAUUCAUCUGGGCUCCUCCUGCCGGAUCCUCGGAAUCCUGUGAGCGCACUCCGCUCCGGGAUGAACACUGAUGCCGCGCCAAGACGAGCGUAAAUGGACUGGAAAAGAAAGGACAAAGGAGUGCUCAACACCAGCACCACAACUUGACCGUACAUACUGUAUCUAUUUACAAAAGAGAAUUAUAUGAAGCAUAAUAUAAAUAUGAUCCUGUUUAUAAAGCAUCCUUUUAUGUACUCUUGAAGAUGUCUCAUGGGUUUGAUGUCAGUGUCGUGUGUCACCUUGAGGCUGUGAUUGCAUCUUCGAUUUUGGUACUUGCUAUGAAAUGUCCCCCCCUGCCCCCCAAAAAACAGCAAUAUGUUCUGAUUUCCUUUGCCCAAGGAAAGUUUUGUCUAAACCGCUUGGAGUGGGAAAGGGCUUUCGAAAGUGUUUAAUCAUGUCUUGAAUGGAUUAAGGCAAAACGGAGCACCUCUUGGCUGGGAACAAUUGAUUAACUCUCAAGUCUGCUGUUCAGAACAUUUAAGACCAAUCAAAUAAUUGAACCUGAGCAGCGUUCUUGAUACUUUUUAGACGUCCCACAGCAGUUAGGAGCUAUUCUGAAGCUGCAUUGCAAAAUGAAUGAUGAACAAGCCUUACCAAUUAUACAAAUGUUUUUUCUGUUCACUAUUAUUUACAGGUAGAGACAAAUGAACAUUCAUGUAAGUACAGUAUAUUGUUACGUUUAAAGAUCAAUAAAAGCAUGAGUUUUUCCAUAA